AUGGAUUUUGGAGAUAAAAGUUGGAUGAAUCUCCGAAGAUCCACCAAUGAAUAUAUUCAUGGAGUUAAUGAUUUUCUUGAUAAAGCAUUUGAACGAGCUUCCCAAGGAAAUGAAAUAUUAUGUCCUUGUAAGAAGUGCUUUAAUCGUAAUUGGCAUUGUCGAAAUAUGGUAGAGGAUCACUUAAUUUGUCAUGGAUUUGUUCAUGGAUACACCAAAUGGGUUUUUCAUGGAGAAGGAUUUUCCUCAAGAAAUACGCCACAUCCAACCAAUGAUGAAGAAACUUCCAACAUGCAUGAUGAUAUUGAUAGACUACUUCAUAAUACUUUUAGAAAUGUAGAAGAUGACCAGAGGCAUGAAGGAGUGAGAGAGGGACCAUCUGAAUAUGCAAAGAGUUUUUUUAAAUUAGUGGAGGAAGGGAAAGAAGACUUGUAUCCGGGGUGUAAGAAUUUUUCUAAGUUGAGUUUUACCAUCCGGUUAUACUUGUUUAAAUGCAUUCACAAGUUGACUGAUGUGGCCUUUUCAGAUUUGUUGGACUUGAUAAGAGAGGCAUUUCCAUUUGCUCAGAUACCCGAGUCUUUUUACAAGGCAAAAAAUGUCAUAAAAGAUUUGGGUCUUGACUAUGAGAAAAUUCAUGCUUGCACUAACGAUUGCAUGUUAUUUUGGAAUGACAAUGCAAAGUUAGAUAAUUGCUCUGUGUGUGGAGCUUCAAGAUGGAAGAAUGUUCGUAAUGACUUAACUAAUAAGGUCACUAAAAUUCCAGUAAAAGUUUUAAGGUACUUUCCUUUAAAGCCUAGGCUUCAGAGGAUAUUCAUGUGUUCUGAAACAUCUGUAGCUAUGAGAUGGCAUGAUACUGAACGACCUAAAGAUGGAAAUUUAAAACAUCCUGCAGAUGGUGAAGCUUGGAAGGAUUUCGAUUCCUUGUAUCCCGACUUUGCUAAUGAUGCUCGUAAUGUUAGAUUGGGUCUUUCAAGUGAUGGUUUCAAUCCAUUUAGAACUAUGAGCAUUUCCCAUAGCACAUGGCCAGUUAUGUUAAUGAACUAUAAUUUAUCACCAUGGACUUGCAUGAAGUCAGAGAAUAUUAUGUUGUCAAUGAUUAUUCCAGGUCCAUCGUCUCCGGGAAAUGAUAUAGAUGUAUACUUGCAACCACUGAUUGCGGAGUUGAAGGAACUAUGGGAAGUGGGAGUUGAAACAUAUGAUGUUGUAACUAAUCAAACAUUUCAAAUGCGUGCAGCUUUAUUGUGGACAAUUAGUGAUUUUCCAGCUCUAGCAAUGCUUUCUGGAUGGAGUACCAAGGGGAGAUGGGCAUGCCUCACUUGUAAUCAUAAUACUUAUUCGCAAUAUCUCAAACAUAGUCGUAAGAUGUGUUACUUGGGUCAUCGGGCGUUUUUACCUCCUGAUCAUCCAUUUAGAAGAGAUAAAAAAUCAUUUAAUGGUAAAGAGGAGCAUAAAGUUACACCUACUCCAUUAUCAGGGGUACAGUCCAAAGAUCAUAUAAAUUCUCGCUAUGACUUGUAUGAAAUGGGGAUACGUAAAGAGCUUCAACCUGUAAAAGAUUAUGCUACAGGAAAUAUCCAUCUAGCUAAAGCUUGUUUCUUUAUGAAACCAUCGGAGAAAAAGUUAUUUUGCACCGUUUUAAAAGAUGCCAAAUUACCAAAAGGGUGUGCCUCUAAUAUGUCAAGUCGUGUGCAAAUUGAAGAGAUGAAAGUAUCAGGAUACAAAAGUCAUGAUGCUCAUUUCAUAAUGCAUUACUUGUUCCAGGUUGCAGUCAGAAAAGUGUUACCAAAGAAUGUAUCUAUGGUCUUGAUUAGAUUGGGGAAUUUUUUUAGAGCCAUAUGUAGCAAGGUUAUAAGAAGAAGCGAUCUUGAUAAGAAGAAAGCAGAAAUCAUAGAUAUUGAAUGCGAGCUUGAAAAGAUUUUUCCUCCAUAUUUUUUUGAUAUAAUGACACAUUUGCCUAUUCAUCUAGUAGAUGAAAUUAAGCUUGGAGGCCCGACUCAUUUGCGUUGGAUGUAUUCUACUGAAAGAACUAUGUGUAACUUCAAGGGGUUUGUUCGUAAUCGAAAAAAUCCAGAAGGAUCAAUAGUAGAAGGUUUUUCAGCUGUAGAUUGUUUGAACUUCUGUUCGAUACACCUACCUAAUACGGUGAAGACAAGAUUAAGUAGGUAUCAAACGGAGGAUGAUGAGGACAUUCAAACAGAGGAAGGUGAUGUUUCACCUUUAUUUCCUAAGACAGGUCAUCCAAUCGGAAGUGAGAAUAUAAGGAAAGGCAAAUCUAUUAUCAUGGAGCAACAUGAGUGGUUUGAAGCACAUCGAUAUACUUUGUUCAAUACCGGAGAUGAACAAGUAGAGACAUUCAUCAAGGAACAUAAGAGUUUAAUUGAUAAUCAUACUAGAGGAAAUGCAUGGGUAAAAGCACGGGUCCAUAGUAGAGAAUUUGGUGAUUGGUUUAGGGACAAAGUUAAAAAUAUUGAAGUGUCCAAUCAUAUAAGAUGGCUAGCUAAAGGGCCUAACUUUGUGGCAAAAAGAUAUACUAGAUAUUUCAUUAAUGGAUAUCAAUUUCAUACGAAGAUUCGGGAUGCCCCUUGCAAAACUCAAAAUAGUGGAGUGACUUUGUCAGCAACAACAGAUAGUUUUGCUAGUGCUAGGGACCAAAAUCCCGUUGAUGGAAUGGUUAUCUAUUAUGGAAUUAUUCAGGAUAUCAUUGAGAUUGAUUAUUGGGGUUGCUUUAGUGUUGUACUUUUUAAAUGUGAUUGGUUUCAUAAUGAAGUCGAUGAAUAUGGAUUGACUCGGGUAUACUUCAAUAAAAAAUGUAGUACAGAUGAUCCUUUUGUACUAGCAUCUCAAGUGCAUCAAGUUUUUUAUGUGGAAGACCCAAUUGAGAAAAAUGUUUAUUAUGCAAGAAACAAAGUCCCAGUAGAUUUGUAUGAUUUGGAGGAAGAGAGUUGUCCUAAUAUUGAAGAAACAUUUUGGAGAGAGCCUAAUGAUGAUAUUGGUUCAUCAGAAAGAUUACUUGAUGUAGAUGUUAGAUGGUCGAGAGAAGAUCUCCCUGUUGAUAUCAUCGAUGUUCCUUCCAUUGCACAACAUUCACAAGAUGUAGCAAUGGAAACAUCGGAAGAGGAGGAUGACUUUGAUGAUACUGAUUGGGAUUGGAUGGAAGCUGAUGAUUGA